AUGACAAUCACCUCGGAGAUGUGGCAGAAGCCCCGCGAGCUUCCCGGCGUGAAAUCGCGGAAGCGUCCGAUUUUUGAGAUUUCCUUCGGCUCUUUGGAUGUGGCCGAUGCUGGUGCCGCUGGCGUGCAUCGCGUCUCAGGUCUAAAGCUGACGCUCGAGAGCCGUGUGGCCACCUUGGGGCCUGGUGGGCAGAUUGCAUUGCAGCUGCUGCUUGGCCAGCUGGCUCUGAAGAGUGGCAAGGUUCAGCGGCACGAGGCCCUGGACGUUUGCCGCCUCGGUGCAGACCUCUUGGCUGAAGCUCCGAAGGAGCCAUCGGAGUACUUCAUGGCAGCUGCAAAGGAGCUGAACGAGCGAAGGCCUCAGGUGGUGGUGCUGGAACUGGGUGGAUGCCCCUCAUGGGAGACGGCUUCCACGCACCUCCUCGAGGCUCUGCGUGGAUUCCAUGGUGCUGUGGUCAUUGCGACAGAAGAGGAGACGGAUUUGGUGAAGUCUAUGUGUCCUGUCUGCUGGCGCAAUUCAGCUGGCUGGCUUUGGCAGGAGCCGCUGAAGCAAGACCUGAUUGUCUUGGACGAUAUCAAGCCAGAGGAUGCUGACGAAGAGGUCACCGCCAUGUUGCAGGAGGUUCGCACACUCUCCAAAGAGGCCUUCUUUGGCGAGGAUAGCAUCCAAAAAGCCGCUGAUCGAGGCUGGACGCUUUCCUUGCUGGUGGAUGUCGAAUCCGAGCCGAAGCGCUUUUGCGGUUUCAUCUGCUAUGAUCUCAGCGCCAAGAGCGCCGAGUUCCAUGUCGCGAGGAUCGCUGUGGUUGCCAGGAGCCGUGGAAAGGGAUAUGGAAAGCACUUCAUGCAGUGGAUGCUUCGGAAGUGUGCCUUGUUGCCGCGAACACAAUGCGCAUGGAUCUCUCUAAGCGCUUUGGACGAAGCCGUGUCCUUCUACGAACACUUCGGAUUCACGGACAUGACAUGCGAUGACAUCGAUGAUGAUGAACACAUCCAGACGUGGAUGGAGCUGAAAAACAUCUCAGUAGCUCCUGAUGAGCCUGACACGUCGGAUGAUGAAUGA